CUCAAGCGGCUCACCCGCACUGACCACCAAGCUGAGGAUGCGUCAGAGGCGACCAUCGGCAUUCAGGCGUGUCGGUGUCCCCUCGAGUGCGGCGAUAUUGAUAUCGCCUGCUCGGACGGGGUCACCGACAACCUGUUCCAGUGGGAGAUCGUCUCCUUCGCCAACAUCCUCCGCAGCCAGCCCUCCCACAAGAUGGCCGCACUUCUUGCGCGGCUGGCGUACCGCAAGAGCAAGAACAAGAGCGAGAAGCUCGACACGCCUUUCCGGCAGAUGUGGGAGGCGCACGGCGAGGAGUGCCGGCAGGGCGCUAAGGAGGACGACAUCACGGUCCUGGUGGCCAAGGUGGAGGCGGGAGAGGGGAACUGUGAGGAGGGGGAGGCGGGGCGACGGGCAGGCUGGCUGGUUCUGCUGUGUGCUCCAAAAGUAAAACUGACACACACACCAAAAACAGAAACACAGCCGUCAUCCACCAAUCCCACGUGCCUGUGUGUGUCAUGACCAACCGGGCUGCCGAAGAGAGUGCGGCAUUUGGUGUUGAGGUCCUGCUGCACAUCGAGUGGGAGUGUCUUGACGUAGUCGGCCGUCUUGGUUUCCUCGCCUGUCGGUGCCGGUCGGCACGUCUGCGUCUGCGUCUGCGUGUCGAAGUAGUACUGCAUGCAGCCACACAAAGGAGGAAUGUCAAUCGAGCCUCUUGACGUUGGUGUGUCUGUUCGUCGGCCGCUCACAUCCACAGUGAGGCGUCGCUUUGUGGCCUGGACGUUGCAGGCGUCCGUCAACUCGUCAAUCGUGUCACGAGACACUGAAAGGGACAGUAUUGAGGUGUCUUUGUGUCUGCCUAUCUGUCUGUCUGUCUAUCUGUGUGUAUCUGUUGACAACACCACGGCCACAAGCCCCACCACUUAUCUCAUGCACGACUGGUCCACUCUGACGCAUAGCAUCCAUCCAUCCGUAUACACAUCACCACGGUGUGUGUCGUCCCGGGUCAAAAAUGGGCGGCAUGCGGAGAGGGUCUGCGUCAAUGUUGGCACGAAUCCUGUCGGUCGACUUGCUCAGCCAGGCCGCACGCUCACACAGGGGGUGGGAGGAGUGAUACAAGAGCCGCAGGCGCUCGUCGCAAUGGUGAUGCAGCUGCACUCACACGCAGACAGACACACACACAUAUAUAUGCAGUGUCCUGAUGUGUUGGCUUGGCCGUGGGUGGAUGGGCGUGUACCUCGUUAGCGUCUGUGAUUCCAUCGAGUGAAGUCAUCCGGGCCAUCGACAACUCACCCGCCUUGAGCAUCUCCACCAGCACCUCAGGCUGCGACGAACCUGCAGAGAGAGCAUCAAGACACACACCACACUUCAACACGUUUCUCUCUCUAAUGCGUGUAGGCUGACCUAGAGGAUAGUGGACGGCAAGGACGGCGAUGCUGGCCAGACACCGCUCAAAGGCCGCCAAGUGCUCCCCGUCGCCAUGCAGAAACUGACGACAAAGCAACCUGUGCGCCCCAUGUCAACGUGGCCCAUUCUCGCACUCACUGGCUGACCUGUGCGUUUUCGUCUGCCUCCCUGCCCAUGUCGCGAUGGAGAGGCCCCUUCCACCGCCACAAAGCGUCCACACACCCCUUCAUGGCGUCGAUCAACUCACGAGCAGCCGGCCGCGGUGCCGCGUACAGAUGCCGAUGCAACGCAGUCUUGACGCGCUCCCGUGCCGCCUUCAUCUGCGCCUUGCCGCUGCUGUCCCUGGCGUGGCCCUGCCACCCACAAUGAAGGCACCUCUGUGCGCCAUCAUCCGCAGUGGUCACUGAAUGGCCGAGGGACGCGAGCAGGCUCUGUGUGACCUGGUGAUCGCCACCUGUCGCGGCGACCGAUUGGCCUUGGUCGUGGAUGCGCCUGCCGAUCUUCUCCACGGUUGUGAGCCGCUCCUUCCACCCUUUUGCCGUGGUCAUGACACCACAGGCACGGAGGACGUCUCGGUGUGCCGAUGGCUGGUGGCACGAUGGGCAUGGCGUCAUGUACAGCCAGUCGGACAGGGGAACGGGGGAGGGAGGGGAGGCCACACACGAGGGACAGACGCACUCAAAGCCGUAAUCCCUGGAGGCAUCGACCAACCGAGACCAAGACAGUGGGUGACGCGGAAGGGGAAGAAGGCUGCCUCUUCCUUCCCUUUUGUAUUCGUUCAUACCUUUUGAGCACCUUGUGUCGGUCAGCAGACGGCGAUUUGCCGCAGAGAGGGCCGUAUGUGAUGGUGAUCUCCUCGCCCGCCCGCACGUCUCGACACAGACACACUGCAUCCAGGCACACAAAUACACAGAGAGCAAUAACGAAUCUCUCCAAUAUGUGUUUCGUUUCUGUCUCGUUGGCUAACGUGCCUCUGAUGGAUGUCCCAUAGAAGGACACUAUGGCGUUGGGGCUGCAUGAGUGAUUCAUGUAGGAGGCCCGGGGGUAGAAUGCCGUCCCAAACACACAGUGGUCACCCGCUUCAUUACACGUCGACACCCCAAAGGCGUUGCACCUACACACAUAAACAAGGAGACAGACACACCAUAGGGGAGGGACAACUGCCCACGGCCGUGCCGCCCACGCUCUCACCUGAUUCGCGCAAUAGCCUGCAUGACCACCGCCAUUCUGUCGAGUACCUGGUCGUCGAUGCUGGUCAUCUCACCCUCCCCCCAGUCGCACCACACGGCCGUCCAAAACAGCGCACCCACCACAUCUUCCACCACACAAGCCACGCUGACACUGUCGCUGCUCGACGGUAGGUGACACACCAGACUCUCCAGGCUCCUCUCGCCCCUCCAGCUGUCCUCUCCUUGUCUGAUCAGCUCGCACGCCGCCACGACUGCUCGCGGCGUGAGCAGACGGUAUCCGUUGAGAUGGCUCACCGAUGCCGGGCGAGGCACAAAUCCCUCUCCCUGCCUCUUCGAGCUCGGUUGCCGGCACAACAGCACAUGGGAUGAAUCAUCGCGACACCUUGGAGAACAGAAGAUGACCCGACGGCAUGUGGAGCAUGGGACAGUCAGCGGCACGGCGCACUUGGUGCGGAGCAUUUUCCGCAAGCAAGCCACCAGAGGAUCACCAUCCGUCAAGGGCGCCCCUCCGUCGCUCGCUGUGUAGGUGUCACAGAUCCGUGCCAAGCAGCCGGCGCACCGCGCACAUGAAGGGGGCAGCUUCUCCCUCCACCCUGGCGACUCAGCAGCAUCAGCGAGCUGCUCAUCGAGGCUCCGAAAGUAAUACAACGACAGCGCCAAGGAGGUCGGCUGCUCCUGCAUGACUUCUCUCCGACAGCUGAGGGCGGCGUCUUGAUCCGACACGACGUGAAGGCCCCGUGACGGCUCGUCCUCGACGGACCACCCCACCGGCUGACACACGUCCCUUUUGUCGAUCUCGUCGAAUGGCCAGCCGCGAGCGAAGCCCUCGUCCGUCACCUCUGACAGCAUAUCGCCCAGCAGCUUGGCCACGCGCAGCCGGUCGUCAUCCGACCCACCAUCCAUCGCCAGCCUAUCCACCUCUCUCAUAGCAGCCUUUCCCUCCUCCCCCUUGUCAGCCCCGAGGGCAUCCAUCGCCUUCUUAAUGCGAAACCACGCCUUCACAUGGGUCGGCAGCCGAGCCACCGCCGCAAUGCCGUCCGUCAGUGCCAGCCAGGGGCAGUCCACCCGCAGGAAAAUGAGGCUCCGGUUGGUGAGUACCACGGCUGCCGCAUCGUCUGUCGGGGCGGUCUUGAGGGCCUCUGUGUAGUAGUAGAUGGCCUUGUCCUGAGCGUCCCCUUUAAAGGCCUCAUUGCCUUGCUGCCGCACUGCAUCUGAAAGCUCACGGGAUUUGCUGUCGGUGUCGGUGCUGCGCAGUAGAUGGGACAGAGUGGCCAGCAGCUCUCGCCUGACAGCCAGGGAUGAGCAGAUCUGCGCGAGCAGAUCCCGCCAUGUUGAAAGAUCAGCAGCUGAGCCGGCCGGGAUGUUGCGUAGCGCCUCUUCUGUCGCCUCACGCAAGUGCUGCAGACACUGUAAUGGCGAAUGAGCACUCAUUGAUGUGCACUGACCAGUUCAGUGCCUCACCUGAAGUCGGCCGUCCAUCAGACCUGAAAGAUCCAUCGUAUCUGGCUCUCAACUCGACAUCAUAGCCAUUGAUUGGUACCCAGGAAGCCAAUUGGAAGCGGCUCUUCGGCUCUUCGCC